UCCACUCCUGGGCACAAGACAUGGCCAUUUCCAGGGCUCAACUAUCCAGGCACAGGCGGUCAGCUGAGCAGGCAGCUCCUCAGGCUCGCCAAGGUCAAGGAGCCUCCUGGAACUCGCAGGAGGGGAAGAUGGGGGAGACGAGCCUGAGAAAACGGGGAGCGGAUGGGAGGUCAGUGCAGAGUAAUGAGCCCAAGAGCACAAGUCUCCAAAAGGAGGUGGGGCUGGUCAGCGGCAUCUGCAUCAUCGUGGGCACAAUCAUCGGCUCUGGGAUCUUCAUCUCCCCCAAAUCUGUGCUGAGCAACACGCAGGCUGUGGGGCCCUGCCUCAUCAUCUGGGCUGUCUGCGGGGUUCUCGCCACACUGGGAGCUCUGUGCUAUGCAGAGCUUGGCACAAUGAUCACCAAGUCAGGCGGCGAGUACCCAUACCUGAUGGAGGCCUACGGCCCCAUCCCUGCCUAUCUCUUUUCCUGGACCAGCCUGAUAGUCCUGAAACCCACAUCCUUCGCCAUCAUCUGCCUCACCUUUUCUGAGUACGUCUGCACGCCCUUCUACGCCGGCUGCAAGCCUCCUGAAGUUAUCGUUAAGUGCCUGGCUGCCGCUGCCAUCCUGCUCAUCGUGACCGUGAACUCUCUGAGCGUGCGGCUGGGGAGCUACGUGCAGAAUGUCUUCACCGCGGCCAAGCUGGUGAUUGUGGCCAUCAUCAUCAUCAGUGGAUUCGUCCUCCUGGCCCAAGGAAAUACAAAGAAUUUUGAAAAUUCUUUUGAGGGUGCAGAUGUGUCUGUGGGGGCCAUCAGCCUGGCGUUCUACAAUGGACUCUGGGCCUACGAUGGAUGGAAUCAACUCAAUUAUAUCACAGAAGAACUUAGAAACCCUUAUAGAAACCUGCCCCUGGCGAUUGUCAUUGGGAUCCCUCUGGUGACAGUGUGCUAUAUCCUCAUGAACGUGUCCUACUUCACCGUGAUGACGGCCACCGAGCUCCUACAGUCCCAGGCUGUGGCUGUGACGUUUGGUGACCGGGUUCUUUAUCCAGCCUCUUGGGUCGUCCCACUGUUCGUGGCAUUUUCAACCAUUGGUGCUGCUAAUGGGAGCUGUUUCACAGCAGGCAGACUCAUUUUCGUGGCGGGCAGGGAAGGCCACAUGCUCAAAGUGCUCUCCUACAUCAGCGUCCGGCGCCUGACCCCCGCGCCUGCCAUCAUCUUCCAUGGGAUCAUAGCGAUCUUUUAUAUCAUCCCUGGUGACAUCAACUCCUUAGUCAAUUAUUUCAGUUUUGCUGCGUGGUUAUUUUAUGGCAUGACGAUUCUAGCUGUCAUUGUGAUGCGGUUCACGAGGAAGGAACUGGAAAGGCCCAUCAAGGUGCCCGUGGCCGUCCCCAUCUUGGUGGCUCUCAUAUCUGUGUUCCUGGUCCUGGCCCCCAUCAUCAGCACGCCCGCCUGGGAGUAUCUGUACUGUUUCUUAUUCAUUCUGAGCGGCCUCUUAUUCUACUUGCUUUUUGUCUACUACAAGUUUGGAUGGGCUCAGAAAAUAUCAAAGCCUGUCACCAUGCACCUUCAGAUGCUGAUGGAAGUUGUCCCACCAGAGGAAGUCCCUGAGUAACAAGUUCUGCCUCUUAUAGCCAAGUCAAAGCUUUGAUGAAUUUAUUUUUGUAAGCAAUAUUGGUGGUUAUUUCUGAUUUUUUCUUAAGAAUAAAAAUGUAGGCUUGGCGCCUGUGGCUCGAGCAGCUAAGGCGCCAGCCACAUACACCUGAGCUGGCAGGUUCAAAUCCAGCCUGGGCCCGCCAAACAACUAUGAGGGCUACAACCAAAAAAUAGCCGGGCAUUGUGGUGGGCACCUGUAGUUCCAGCUACUUGGGAAGCUGAGGGAAGAGAAUAGUUUGAGCCCAGGAGUUGGAGAUUGCCGUGAGCUGUGAUGCUACAGCACUCUACCCAGGGCGACAGCUUGAGGCUCUGUCUCAAAAAAAAAAAAAAAAAGUAUUCAGAUGUUUAUGACACUGUCAUUUUCUGAUACCCUUAAUUCCCUCAUGAGGUUCCAGAUAGAAGAAGUGACAGGUGGGCUGUCAGGCAAGGGCUGGUGAAAAUCACCACCAAUGGGGGGACGUCACAUUCACCUCAAUAAAUGGUGUCCCAUAAAUGCA